CCGAGCCGCUAUAUACACACAAAAUAUAGUGCUGCUAGAGAGUGUCGUCUUCGUCUACAUACACAGAAAUAUACAGAAACGGCAGACCCAACCCACAACAUGAUGACAGGAUCGAGCUCCCAAGUGUUCAUCAUGCCCGGAGCUGGCCAGGUCCAUUACCUCCUCGCCGGAGGCGCCGGCGGAGGUGAGGAUCCUCGUUACCCCUGUACCUUCAAGUCCCUGCACGAGCAGGACGCCGUGGUCCCUGCCAUCGCCCGUGGCAGCAAGAGGCCGGCCGCCGUCCCCGGUGGAGCACAUGUAGAGCCCUACGGUUGCCCCGUCUGCUUCCGCAUGUUCGCCACUGUGAAGGCUGUUCAUGGACACAUGCGCAGCCACACGGACCGCAGCUGGCGCGGCAUGGAGCCGCCCCGGCCAGAACCUCUCGGCGAGCUCGAGCUCGAGCUCGAGCGGCGCUACAUGUGUGACCGCUGCAAGAUGCCAUUCCAGACACGGCAGGCGCUGGGCGGCCACCGCGCCAGCCACAGUGGUAAGAAAGGCUGCUCCUGGCUCGAGAGGGAGGAGCUAGCCGCCGCCGAACAAGCUCGGAAGCCCAUCGUGUUCGACGUUGAUCUGAACCUUCUGCCUCCCGAGGCAGAGGAACAGGAGGAGGAGCAGGAGUAGGAGUGAUCAACAGAUCGAUCGAGCAGCUUGCUAAAGUGUUCUCAGUUGACAGUUGUUGGAGCUGUGCUUGCGUGUGCUAUAUUUGGUGUUUAGCUUCUCCGAUAUUAUAUUCUGCCUUUCCUCUCUUUGACUUUGUGUUUCCAGACUUGGGGUGCAAAUACCUCUCGAUCGAUCCCCCCUAAAUAGAUAAAUAAAUGAUGACUGCAAUU